AUUCAGUUAUUAGUAACCCGCCAACUGCAGAACAGUGAAAACCUAGUGAUACCUGGAUAUACAUAUACCUACCUAACUUAUAACUCAUAUUUCUAACGAAAUCCACAAUGAAGUGCUUCAUCUUGGCUGCCCUGUUGCUGGCCACCGCUGCCAGUGGCGAAAACAUCUUUAAGAUCAACAUAUCCCCCGAGGAGGCUCAACAGUUCUUGAAUAGCGCCCAACUGCGGGGCAUUGGAGAUAUAGAGUAUGCCCCGAAAACCGGCGAGAACCCUCUGCCCGAGGCUCGCAACGAGCAGGGACAAUUCGUGUACAUGGGUCGUGUGAUCGAACAUCCCGAGGACUUUGUGGAGGAGCAUUACGAUGCCCAUCAGUACCAUGGUCAGGAUGGUCUGGGUCAGUUUGCCUACGGCUACAGGGACUGGAACCAGGGCAAGAACGAGAAGCGCGAUCAGGCGGGCACGGUAACCGGAUCGUACAAGUAUGUCCAACCGCAUGGCCGUGACUUUGUAGCCAACUACUAUGCCGAUAAGACCGGUUUCCAUGUGGAGGACAACCGUCCGGCGCACCUCAAGCAGCCGGCCACCAAGACGCCGGCUGUCCUGAAGGCCGAGGAGGAGCACUUCAAGCUGUGGGGUGAACUGGCCGCUGCCGCUGGACACAAUCCCGAUCCUUAUGCCGCCGAGUACCAGCAGGAGGGUCGCUAUCAGCCCACUGAGGAGGAGAUCAAGCCCUACGUCCACGAGGAGCAGCCCUAUGUUCCCGGUCCCGAGGAGACCGGUGAGCCCAAGGGAUUCUUCUACGCCUUCGACUACAAUGUCCCAUUGUUGCGCAACAAGGAGGAGCGUGCCGAACUGGAACGUCUGCGGGCCGUCAACAACAAGGAUGAGUAAGAUCCAGAGAUCCUUCCGGAUUUUGGCUGAUCCAUCGCAUCCAUGGAUCGCCUUGUUUGUAUAGGUCGUUCUGUAGAAAGUAGCAAAACAUUAUUCCACAUAUUUAUUGAAAUCCUUCGCAAAAUAAAUCGCAGCUUCAACUACA